AUGGCUGCUGUCUCCGACCCCGUGGGGCUGGGUGCGCCGUGGGGACCGGCGCGCCCCGAGCCCCCUCCCACCCGCUUCCACCCAGUGCACGGUGCCAACAUCCGCGUGGACCUCUCCGGGACGCGGGCCACACGCGUGGAGAGCUUCGCCCACGGCGUGUGCUUCAGUCGCGAGCCGCUGGCUCCCGGCCAGGUGUUCCUGGUUGAGAUCGAGGAGAAAGAGCUGGGCUGGUGCGGGCACCUGCGCCUCGGCCUGACCGCGCUGGACCCCGCCAGUCUGGCCGCCGUGCCCGAGUUUUCGCUACCCGACCUGGUCAGCCUCGGGCACACCUGGGUCUUCGCCAUCACGCGCCAUCACAACCGCGUGCCCCGGGAGGGCCGCCCGGAGGCAGAGGCCCUGGCCCCCAGUCGUCCCCCAGCCCUCCUCGUGGAACCGUAUCUCUGCAUCGAGCAGUUUCGCAUUCCCCGCGACCGUCUGGUCGGCCGCAGCCGGCCGGGUUUGUACAGCCACCUCUUGGAUCAGCUCUAUGAGCUGAAUGUGCUGCCUCCGACCGCGCGCCGCAGCCGCCUGGGCGUUCUCUUCUGCCCGCUCCCGGACGGCACGGCUGACAUGCAUAUCGUCAUCAACGGCGAGGACAUGGGCCCCAGCGCCCGGGGGCUGCCAGCCGCCCAGCCCCUCUACGCGGUGGUGGACGUCUUCGCCUCCACCAAGAGCGUGCGCUUGGUCCAGCUGGAGUAUGGCUUGCCGUCCCUGCAGACCCUGUGCCGCCUGGUGAUCCAGAGGAGCGUGGUGCACCGGUUGGCCAUUGAUGGGCUCCAUCUGCCCAAAGGACUUAAGGAUUUCUGCAAGUAUGAGUGA